AUGUCAUUAACACUAUUAAACAAUAUCCAACAGCUUCCACCUGAUGCCUUGUUUGGCAUCAAGCAAAGAUAUACCCAGGACUCUCGUGCAAAUAAAGUGGACCUCGGUAUCGGUGCUUACAGAGAUGACAAGGGUAAACCUUGGGUGCUACCUAGCGUGCGUUCUGCCGAAAAAUUAAUCCAUGAAGAUCCAAAUUACAAUCAUGAGUAUUUGGGUAUCAAUGGUUCACCGGAGUUGAGCUCUGCUGCUGCCAAGAUUGUGUUUGGUGAGGAUAGCAAAGCCUUGCAACAGGGUAGAAUUGCGUCAGUUCAAUCACUUUCUGGUACUGGUGCUUUACAUAUCGCUGCCAAGUUCAUUUCAUCAUUUUUGCCUGGUAGAUCCUUGUACAUCUCAGAGCCAACUUGGGCUAAUCACAAUGCCAUCUUCAAGAGUCAGGGUGUCCAGACUGCUACCUACCCAUACUGGCAAGCCUCUACAAAGACGUUGGAUAUGGAAGGUUUCUUGAAGACCAUUAAGGACGCUCCAACCGGUUCAGUUAUAUUGCUACAUGCAUGUGCUCAUAACCCAACCGGGUUGGAUCCAACACAGGACCAAUGGUCGGAUAUCAUAGACGCCGUUGCUUCCAAGGACCACAUCGUGCUCUUCGACUCCGCGUACCAAGGUUUCGCUUCUGGUGACCUUGACCGCGAUGCUUACGCCAUUCGUCUCGGUGUAGAAAAAUUAGCUAGAGUCUCUCCAAUCUUUGUUUGUCAAUCAUUUGCCAAGAACGUUGGUAUGUACGGUGAGCGUGCUGGUUGUUUCCACUUGGUUCUACCUGAGCAAGAGAACAUCGAUACGGCAAAGGUAAAGGGCGCCAUAACAUCUCAACUAUCCUCCUUGAUAAGGAGUGAAGUCUCCAACCCACCAGCGUACGGUGCCAAGAUUGUUGCCAAGAUUCUAAACUCACCUGAGCUUACUAAACAAUGGCAUCAGGAUAUGAUUACCAUGUCUUCUAGAAUAACAGAGAUGAGACACGAACUCAGAGACAGGCUAGUCGCACAAGGUACCCCAGGAACAUGGGACCACAUCGUCGAGCAAUGUGGUAUGUUCUCCUACACCGGUUUAUCCCCCGAAAUGGUCAAGAGAUUAGAGACUCAACACGCCGUCUACUUGGUCUCCUCCGGCAGAGCUUCUAUCGCUGGUUUGAACCACGGCAACAUCGAACAUGUCGCCAAGGCCAUCGACGAAGUUGUCCGCCACUUCACAGGCAACUCCAAGUUCUAA